UUUUGAAUUUACUAGAAUGAAGUAAAAAAAACAAACCACAAAAAAUCUGAUUUUGCAGCAUUGCCAUCGUUCCAAAAAUGUUGGACAGGCUCGGGAGUGAUGGCACCACUGCUCUCAUCUAAGCGCAAAAACGUGCUUGUGUGAAAACCUUUUUUUCUGUGAUUCUACUCGAACAUUUCUCAAAAAAGGCGUGAAAAUUUCGUUUUUCACCAAUCAGUGUUGAGUGCGAGAAUUUCAUUUCUCGAUUAAAGCGUGAAAAUUUAGUUUCACGUAAGCGGUGCGAACUUCAUUUUUCAUCGAUGCAUACUAGUGGAAAAAGUGUUCGUGCUCGGAGCUCGCGUAGUUCCUGGUCGCAGUCAUGGGAAAUUGCAAGAGUUCAGAAUAACCAGGAGCUCGAGCGACGCCUUCUAGAUUUGGUUGAGAGACGGCUGAAGAUGAAAAUGCGGCAUACCGAAGAAUUGCUACGCUUGGAGGAAUCUCUCGACAGCGAUUCAUCUUUGUCAGACAAUGGAGAACGAACCUCCCAAUGGGCGGAACAACAGUUGAACGCAGCAUCUGAUGAAAGCGAAGAGGAGCGAAUGCUGCAGCGUAGCCGGUCGGCCGAUAUGGAGCAACGAGUGUCUACCAACAACCCGGCCACAGCGUCAGGACAGCAGAGUGAGUAUCUGGCUCAGCCACAAUGCGAUGCGCAGGUCCGCGCCAUGGAACAGCAGCCACGCCUCGAGCAGGUUCCCGUUUCGGAGCGGCAGCUGUGCAAGCAGUUUAUCGGCAUGGAUAUGCAGCAGCAGCGGUGUGGUGCAUUCCCCGUCCAGGCGCAAGGCCCCGCGCAGGUUCCCGAUUCCCAGCAGCAGCGGUGUGAUGUGUACCCCGUCCAGGUGCAAGGCCCUGUGCAGGUUCCCGAUUCGCAGCAGCAGCGGUGUGGCGUGUACCCCGUCCAGGUGCAAGGCCCCGUGCAGGUUCCCGAUACGCAGCAGCAGCGGAGUGGUGUGUACCUCGUCCAGGUGCAAGGCCCCGUGCAGGUUCCCGAUUACCAGCAGCAGCAGUGUGAUGUGUACCCCGUCCAGGUGCAAGGCCCUGUGCAGGUUCCCGAUUCGCAGCAGCAGCGGAGUGGUGUGUACCUCGUCCAGGUGCAAGGCCCCGUGCAGGUUCCCGAUUCGCAGCAGCAGCGGAGUGGUGUGUACCCCGUCCAGGUGCUAGGCCCCGUGCAGGUUCCCGAUUCGCAGCAGCAGCGGAGUGGUGUGUACCUCGUCCAGGUGCUAGGCCCCGUGCAGGUUCCCGAUACGCGGCAGCAGCGGUGUGGCGUGUACCCCGUCCAGGUGCAAGGCCCCGUGCAGGUUCCCGAUACGCAGCAGCAGCGGAGUGGUGUGUACCCCGUCCAGGUGCAAGGCCCCAUGCAGGUUCCCGAUUCGCAGCAGCAGCGGAGUGGUGUGUACCCCGUCCAGGUGCUAGGCCCCGUGCAGGUUCCCGAUUCGCAGCAGCAGCGGAGUGGUGUGUACCCCGUCCAGGUGCUAGGCCCCGUGCAGGUUCCCGAUACGCGGCAGCAGCGGUGUGGCGUGUACCCCGUCCAGGUGCAAGGCCCCGUGCAGGUUCCCGAUACGCGGCAGCAGCGGUGUGGCGUGUACCCCGUCCAGGUGCAAGGCCCCGUGCAGGUUCCCGAUUCGCAGCAGCAGCGGAGUGGUGUGUACCCCGUCCAGGUGCUAGGCCCCGUGCAGGUUCCCGAUACGCAGCAGCAGCGGUGUGGCGUGUACCCCGUCCAGGUGCAAGGCCCCAUGCAGAUUCCCGAUUAUCAGCAGAAGCGACGUGGUGUGUACCCUGCCCAGGUACACACCCAGGAGAAUGUUCCUAUGUUGGAGGAGCAUAAAUGUAGCCCGUACCCCGUCCAGGUACGAUGCAACGCGCAGUCGUGCGACACGUAUAGGAAGGAGUCCAGUGCGUACCCCGCCCAGGUACAAUUACGUGCACAAGUCCCCGGUCCGGAGCAGCAAAUGUAUGGUGCCUAUUCCAGCCAGGUACAACAGCAACCACAUUUUAGAGUUGCGGAUCCGGCAUACCCCGUCAUGCGUCCCGAACAGAUGCAACCGUCUUACUUGGAAGGUAUUGCCCCGCAACAGGUGAGUACCGUUUGUUCUAUUGUUUCUAACGCUGCACAAAAUGCAGCAAGGCAUGUUUGGCCGAAGAAGCUUCCAACAUUUUCAGGUGAUCCAGAAGAAUGGCCCGUAUUUAUAAGAGCAUACGAAGAUUCCACCAUAGCCUGUGGAUUUACGGCAGUUGAGAAUGCUAUAAAACUAGAGGAAUGUUUAAGAGGUCCAGCGCGUGAGUUAAUUCGCCCGAAGCUACGAUUUCCUAACGCAACGGCAGCAGCAAUCGAAACAAUGCGUGAAUUGUACGGCAAACCGCAACUGUUAUUGAAGAGCCUUUUGACUAAGGUGCGUAGAGCAGAAGUACCAAGAGCAGAUCGGCUUGAUUCGUUAAUACGAUUUGGCUUAGUUGUGCAGGAACUAUGUGACCAUAUCGUAGCCGCUAAUAUGAUAUCGCACUUAAACAAUCCGACAUUGCUUGAUGAACUCGUUGAAAAGUUGCCAGCUGCUUACAAAAUGGAGUGGUCAGAUUUCAGUGAAAAAUAUGAGGAGCCUUAAAGUAGGAGUUUGGAAUGUAUAUGAAAAAAAGUAGUAUAAAAGCAAGCAGAGUAGCAACUUUAUCGACCUCAAAAGAGCAUGGUCAAGUCGAAGCAAAAGUUGGUCGAUAUGUGAAGGAACAUGUAAACGUUCAUGAUUUGUCGCAAGGUUUUACCACUACUAAACUGGCACCUAGAAAAUGUUUUGUUUGUUCUAGUACCGAACACGUCGUGCGCGGAUGCCACGAAUUCACUGAAUCGUCACCAAUACAACGCCUUCAAACCAUCGAACGUUUGAAACUUUGUCGUAAAUGUUUAAGCAAUCACUUGAUAGAGCAAUGCAAGUCGCGGUACCGAUGUAAUGUUAAUGGUUGCAACAAAGAUGAUCACCACACUUUACUUCAUCAGGUUGAUGUGCCACAAGCCGUAAUACAGUUUCACGAAAAGAACAAACCCGCCAAGUCGACACUAUUCAAAGUUGUACCCGUAACCUUGUACAACGGCGAUAAGCAACUAGAAACAUUGGCAUUCAUUGAUGAAGGUUCGUCACUGACGUUAGUCGAGUCCUCUGUAGCACAAAAACUUGGAGCUGAAGGAAUUACAGAACCGCUCCAAUUAGUCCAUGCUCAGAUGUAACUCGAACCGAACCGACAUCUCAGCGCAUAAAUCUGAAAAUAUCUGCACAAGGCGUUGACACCAAAUUUCAGCUUGUAGGAGCGCGAACAGCACAAAGUUUAAAGCUGCCCGUGCAGGGUCUAGAUCCUUGCUCGAUAAGCAAGUAUUAGCAUCUCCGAGAUAUUCCGGUACUGAAUUAUGGCCCUGCUGAACCUAAGGUGCUCAUUGGUAUACAGAACAUCAACCUAAUAGCCCCUAUCGAGAGUCGAAUAGGUGAGCCUGGAGAACCCAUAGCGGUGCGAAGCGUGUUAAGAUGGUCGGUGUAUGGUCCUUGUGACAACCAGCUUGAAACAAGACAUUUUCUCGCGCAUCACUAUAGCGUUGCUGAACAAAACUGCAGCUUAAUCAGUGACCAAAAACUUAAUGAAUUGAAACGAAAACGGAUUAUUCUUGAUGAGACAGCAGCUCAAACCGAUUUCAU